AUGGUGGAGUCGGGAAGACAAACAAAUAUUGAUAGACUUGCCCAUUCAAGUUCAAGCACGUUGCUUGAUAUCUUCACGACCACACUCUCUGAUCAGUCGCAUAAUUUAUGGUGAUGCCUUCAUUUGUCUGUGAAAAGCUUCCUCUAACUACUUUUUUCGCUGCUGUAGGAAACUGAGAACACCAUCAAGACAUUUCAGCUUCCAACAUUUUCUCAACUUUAUUACAUCGUUGGAACAUUCAGAUUCCCCUUUUUAAUAAGAACAAACACUAGGUAGGUCUUGAUCCCGUUACUUCCUGUUUACUUGAGUCGAAAGUGAGACUGCUUGAAACAUGACUCGACGUUCGUGUUCUUCCCGCUAUUCGUCAGUUUAGUUAAAAUGGCUAUCAGUUGGGCUUCUUCAAUUAAAGUAAAUCUAAACUUUGCUCGCCUUUCUAAGUUAUUGAUUGAUGGUGGAACAAGUGCCUUAAGAGAUGUAUUUGACUCGAUCCAUUCACCAAGCUCCCUUCACAAGACACUACUCAGUACGACAGUGCAUUCUACUCUAAAGGGACUGAGAGAAAAGAGGAUUCUAAACAAACAACAAUGGGACAGACUCUAUCCUGCUAGCCGAAGUACAACUGUCACUUCAGCAGAUUUUGACAUUAAACUGUUAUUUGUACUACUGCGUAAUAUUUGUGGUUUAACACCCCCACCAACAGGAUGGGACAAGAUUCCUAUAGCUACAGACCUGAGUAGAGAAGCUGAUUUGGCUCGAGUCGAAUAUUAUAGAAAUGAACUUUAUGGCCACAUCACAGAAACAGCUGUUAGUGACAGUGAUUUUGAGAAAUACUGGAGUGAGAUCUCAGAUGUGUUGGUAAGACUGGGUGGACCUCAUAACAAACCAAAGAUCGAGAGAAUAAAGAUAGAAGAAGUGGACCCAGAACAGGAAAAGAAUUAUAUUAAAGCACUUGAAGAGUGGGAAGAACAGCAGAGAUUAAUUAGAAAGAUGGAGGAGAUUCUUAAGACAGUUAAAGGGGAUUCAGCUGUGGAUCCUUCACAUGUUAAAGAUUCCGAAAUGCUAAAAGAGGCAAUAAAAGGCAGCACAGACUACCAAACUAAAUUCAUGGCUGCACAUGACGUUCCCAGUGCAAAGACAGAUGAAAUCGUUACCAAUCUAACAGUAUAUUAUGCAGAUAAAAAACAAAAGAAAAAAGGACAAGCAAAAGACCUGGGUAGAAGUGAACAGCUGCAGGGAUACACCAAAAGAACGAUGAGUUGUAAAGUUGAUAAAUACGAAGAUAUCUUCAAUGACAUGCAAGGAGAAAAUCCAAACUUACUUCUUACCGGUGAACCCUGGAUAGGUAAAACCUUUCUCUGUGAGAAAGUCAUACGAGAUUGGUCUAUUAAUAGAUUAUUUAAAAACGAAAACACUCCUAAUAUUCAGUUUGCCUACCUGUUGAAGCUCCGUCAGCUCAGUUCAAAGGGCGACAAAAAGAUUAAUUUACAAGAAUUACUGAAUUGUUCGCCCCUUCUUGACGACAAUUCAGUCAUCAAUGAUUCAUUAUUUGAAUAUUUGAUUCAAAAUCCCUCCAAGUUGCUGAUCAUCUUGGACGGGUUUGAUGAAUGUUCGGAACAGCACCGUAAACAAAUCGCUAGCGAUUACGAGGGAAUAUAUCCAAAUGAUUCCAAAGAAAAGAUGCCAAUCCCUGUACUUUGUUCUAAAUUGAUUAGAGGAAAACUUUUAAGAAAUUCUGUUGUUCUGGUAUCUUCAAGGCCAGGCGAGGCCGAGGAGUUGGGAAAAAUCAAUUUUGACAGAUACGUAGAAAUCUCGGGCUUUUCACCUGAACAAGUCACCGAGUAUGUUGACAAAUAUUUCAGCGAACCAGGAAAAGAACGAACAAAAAAGACGGUACGCGAACACAUAGAAAAAAAUGAGAACCUGAUGAGUUUUUGUCAUAUUCCGCUAUUGUCUUUCUUGUUCUGCUGGUGUUUAGAAUGGCGAAUUAGUAGUUCGGGAAUCGCAGAAAAUCUACCCGCUAAAAUAACCGAUCUUUAUGAUGAGGUUGUUAAAGUCUUGGUACAAAAACCCCAUGCAAAUCUCAAAUAUUCAGAAAUGUCAGAAUAUGCGAUGAAAAUAGCUGAAGAAACGCUAGAUAAACUAGCUAAAUUAGCAGCUAAUUUACUGAAGGAAAGUAAAUAUAUUUUUGACGAAGAAGAUAUGAAAAAGCUAGACCUUACCGAGGACGAAAUUGAAAACUUGAAGAUAAGUGGCAUCCUUCAUUGUGUUCCUGGAAUUAGAAUUUCUSYUYUUCAAACAAAAGAAGAGUUUAGUUUCACUCAUCUGACGCUGCAAGAAUUUCUCGCUGCUUCCUUCUUUGUAAAGAAUGGAGAAAUCCCAGAGAAAGAGAUAGCAAGUGGGCAGACAUUUGUGUUCAUAUCUGGACUUUUGGCCAGGAAAAAAUAUGGAGAACAUCUAAUGAAUAAACUACUCCAACAGAUAACACCUAAGCAUUAUAAUGAUCAUGUAAACCAACUGCUAAUGUUACAGUGUCUGUAUGAGUAUGGAGAGGAAGAACUAACUAAACAAAGCAUGCAUUAUCUUUACGAUAUAUCUGUGGUGUAUGAGCACAUUUGUUUUAGACAAACAACCGAUUUUGAUCUGAAAUACUUAUUGUAUUUGGUGGAUAUUAUUCGUUCACUAAAAGAAGAACAACAUCCAGAGUCACUUGUUGUUGAUACAUUGGAAAUCACUCAUUCAUCUUUAACCUCGUUUGGUGUUGGUGUUGUUUGUCGUUCACUUGUUCGUAAUUCGUUCAUAACUGCACUGGAGCUAUUGCAUUGUAGUUUAGAUAAUAAAUGUGUAGAAAUACUAACUGACUCAUUAGUAAACACUGGAAUAACCCACCUAGGCCUAUUUGGGAAUAAUAUUACAGAUGAAGGAGUGAAGAGUAUUUGUAGUGUACUAACACAAACUAAAAUAACCUACCUGGACCUAGGGAUUAAUAGUAUUACAGAUGAAGGAGCAGAGAGUAUUUGUAGGGUUAUCAUAAAAGAUAAUUGUCAUGUAGAACGAUUAGACUUAUGGGGCAAUGAGGAAAUAACUGUAGAAUGUAAGAAACGCGUAGAAAAACUAGUAGAAAAACACAAACCCAUAGUUUUGGUGUACCUUGGAAUCUCCAGGAGUAAAGUUAGUGCAACAGAAAAAGAAGAAAGCAGACGAGAAGAGGAAAAGCAAGACACAGAAAGCAUCAGUCAAUAUCAUAGUUUGGCAGAAAGUGCAGCAAGCCCCUUGGUUUCCAAUGAAAUGAAAUCGCUGACCAUCUCUAACAAGCAGAACCAAGCAAUUAUUGAAGUAACUCAAGAAGGGGGUCGUUUUGACAUCUCUAUGUAUGGUGCUCUACUUGAAUUUCCUCCAAAUACUGUUGAAAGUUCCACUCAAGUGGUUUGCAAAGUAUGCUCUCGCGAAAGUAUACCUUCGCCUGAGGCGGAUCCUAUGGAGACUCUCGUGAGCCACAUAGUGCAGCUUGGUCCAUCAUCUGUCGAACUACAGCAACCAGUAAUUGUGACAAUGCUGCAUGCAGGUCCUGGGAAAAAAUCUGGUUAUGAAAUGAUAGUGAAGGCUUUCAACGACGAGGAACGCAUUUGGAAGGAAAUAGAAGAAUUCAAGGACACUUCACAUAUUCCCAAAAACUACAAAGCUGGCAACGUUAUUCAAGUAAAGAUCUCUAAGCUGACAACCUUAGCCGUUAUCAGCAGGCUUGUCACUGAUACGUUCGAGGUUACACCAACUGGAUGUGUUGUCACGUCUUCAGUAUGUAAUGAUGUAACAGUUACGUUUCCUGAAGGAGCUGUUGAUAAGACAAUCACUGGAUCCAUGAAGGUGGUUUUGUUGCCAGAGAUGAUCUUCAUUUUUAGCGGGUUUAAAGACAUCAAGUUCUUGAAGCCUGUUACCAUAAAAUUUCCGCACGAGGGUUCUACAGACGACUUUCCUGGUCGCUUACGAGUUUUGUCUCAAAAGGGCGCGGUGCAUCCUGGAAAACGUUGGAAUGAAGUUAAAGGCAAUGUAAAACUGGAAAAGAAGGAAGAAGGCUUCUUGGAACUUCAUGUUCAACAUUUUUGUAGGUUGACGGUUGCUGAGCCAAUCUCUUGGUGGUGGAGAAGUCAGCAGCAAGUCUUUCUGGGAGCUUUUAAAGAGAACAACGAUUCCCUGAAGCUUACCAUUGCUUGUGCCUCUAUUUUUGUUAACUUUGAACACGAAUUCAUAGGAUUAGGCUAUGAACGACUGGCUGUGUCUACAGCAGCGAUGAGACCUGGAGAAAUGGCAUACGUACAGGUGGAAGAUGGUUGGGAUAUACAAGCAGAGGAAAACGUCUAUGUGAAGUUUAUUGAAGGGGGUAGAUACCGGGAAGAGUUAGUCUAUAGCAUUAACUACGAUUACUUCCAAAUCCAUGCCACAAGCAACAUAUUAUAUCUCUGUUUCUACCCAACCAUGGAGUUCGUCGAGAAUGAUCGGAUUGGCAGACUUGCAAUCGAUCGAAGGAGAUUGUAUCCAACAGUAGUAAGCAUGGGUAAUGAUCCUCCAGAAGAAGUAAUGGAUAUAGAUCCUGAACCACCGAUGAAUGAGAACCAAAGUAGAUUUGUUGCACCAACGUGUUUGGAUCGUCAUAUCCCACCAAGUGAUCGGCCAGAGUGUAUCAACACUGUUUACAAGAUGACGAGUAAUCCUAGAGGAAUUGCAUAUAUUAUCAACAUAAAUAGAUUCUCURUUCAUCCCUGCCAUAAGAUGUACGGUCGGCUUGUCGAAUUCUUGGGUUCCCAUUUAGAUGUAAAUUCACUUAGUCGUCUAUUCCCGGACUUGCUUUUUGAAGUUCAAUAUCAUUCGGACCUAAAGCAGAAUGAAUUUUUAACUAGGCUGCAGAUUUUUUCUAAAACUACUAAAUUCUCACUCUACGACUGCUUGGUUGUUUUCAUCAUGAGCCAUGGCAAAGAAAAUUAUAUUUACGCUUCCGAUGGCGAAGAAGUGCGCUUGCAAGAAAUCUUUGACAUGUUUCAAAACUGUCAGGCUCUCCAGGGAAAGCCCAAGUUGUUUUUUAUUCAAGCAUGCAGAGGAACAGCGGCAGAUGAUGGAGUUGUUCAUAGAGACGACCCAGGAGAACAAGCACAAAUAGCCAGGCCUGGUCUCAAUGAUAGAAGACGUCCUGAGGAAUACGAUAAUCUAUAUGGUUACAGUUGCUAUGAGGGACAAAAUUCAUACGGUUGGGAUGAUUACGGAAGCGCUUACGUCCAAUCUUUUGUAGACGUUUUUAGAGAACACUCUUGUAAGGAACACCUGUUAAGCUUGUUGGAAAGGGUCAAGCGCAAAGUCAGAGAACGUGAGCGAAAUCAAAUACCGUGGAUUAAUUCUACUCUGAGGAAAUUGUUGUAUUUCUACCCAGGUUUGUUUGAAAAUCCAUAGCAAUCUUAUCAAGCAGGGGAAAAUUCCUAGGGGACCAUAUCUCUCAAGAUAUAUAGGCUCCAUGUCGUCAUGCAGAUUAACAGCUAAGCUAAAUAUAACUCGCACAGAGUGGUUGGUAGUUGUGACCUCAUUUUCGUAAAAUGAUAUGAGUUUUCUAGAUCACAAUAAGUACAGUUGACCCUGGCCUUGGUGUUACAUCCACAUAUUUUCGUCCUGAAGAUAUUUUUUUCAACUUCCCAAUUUUGGUAAAAUUGGCCAUAUAGAGCCAAAAUGUAAAGUGAAUUCAUCGAAUAAAUCCGCCCAAAUAAACUGACGUCAAAACUACCAACCAAUCACAGAGCAAGCUAUAUUUAGCAUAGUUAGCUAUCUGAUGAAAGCAAGAUAUCAUCUACUACCUAUAUACCAUGAUCUUGAAUGUUAAGACUUCAAAUCACUUCUUGAUAAUAGCACAUGUAUAACCGGUAGUUUUUCAUAAAUUUAGGACAACUGACCACAAGUAUAUAGGUGAUGAUAGCAAUGACAGGAGAAAGAAACGCCAAUAUGCACUUACAGGAAUAUCUCAAAGCAUGAUGGAAAACCGAGUACUUACGGUUUUUAGGCUUCUCUGAAAAUUAAUCGAACAAUUUUUCCUUCUACAUUUUCCAUGAAAUGUAAGUAUUUGAACAGGCGAAAAAAAGCAGAGUAAUUUUUAUCUGAUAGUUCCUUUGAUUUCUUUGCUCCAUUUUGCAGUACUCGGUUUCCUAGAGAGCUUUGGGAGCUUUGCCUAUAUAAUCUGCCCGUGUUUCCCAGACGGAACGAAAGGUUUCUAUUGUUGUGCCUUCUGUCAUAGCUGCCAUCUCGUUAGGGUGCAAACAUUCUAUAGCCUACAUGUAUAUUUCUUUUAUUAUAGUGCCUAGUUGACUCGAUUUUAACUAGCUAUUAACUAAUUUGUCAACACAAGAAAACAAAAAAGAAUUGUAAAUCGACCUUACUAUAGUUCGUUGAAUCUAUAAAUGGCGUUAAGUAUGUUAGCGGUUAAAUACUUAACCGAGAUUAACAGAGGCAAUAAGUAUAAAUUAUAUAUUAAUAUACUGAGCCAUGAUUUGUUACGUAGAUUAGGGCUUUAAAUUUAAUUAUUGAUCGUGCUAUUUUAAAGUUCAAUGAUACUUUAACCACAAAGAGGGAUCUUCCCAUUUAUCAGAAAUUGAACUUCAAGGUCAAAGACAACAAGUGUCGAAUCUUGUCGAUUAUUGAAACAUAGAGCUUUAAAGUACGACGUAAAUCAUAUGGAAAAACAACUUUCGGGUCUAAAGCGAAAAGUAGUUCUAUAAAGAUGAUAGGAUAGGAUGAUAGUAUUUGUUGUCCAAAUAAUUUGUAAUUGUUUCAUUUGGAGGUUAAAUAAUUGAGAACAUUUUUCGUUUUACUUUAGCUGUUUUGUGAGCAGUUGGACCUGGAAAUACGUCGCGACUUAAAAGCUCUAUAUGUUGAGAAUGUAUGACUUUGUGCUCGGUGGCAAGAGCUGCAACAGCCCAGCCAUACGUUUUUUUGAAAUUUUUCAGUGCUUUUAGUUAUAGCUUUGUUUUCCAGUCAAAUAUUAGACCAAAGAUUCCGGCAAAAUCUUUAGUAGAUAGAGUGCUCGCACUAAAYCCGUGAAACAAAUACUAAUUUUUAGUACUAAAUAGYGAUAAUCAAACAAUAGAAAAACAAGGAUUCUGUAUGAAUUACUACUUAUUAGUACUAAAUAUGUUUCACGGGUUUAGGCCGUGCACUCUACUAACAAGGCAUUUACUUUUAUUUCCUAUCUAUUCAGUAUGUUUAAUUUGUUGAAAAUUAGAAAGCCGAUGUAUGCUAAUUAAGCAAAAUGCUGGCAAUAACGUCAGCAGAUAUGGACGAAUAAAUGACCACUUUUCAUCCAUCGAUUCCCUGGUCCAACAGAAAGUAUCCGAUUGAGGCUGUGGUGUAGCUCAAAUUUAAAAAAAUCGUUUGAAACUCCCUUACAGCCAUGCUUUAUACAGGAUCCAAGUGGUGAAUAUCUUUACAUACAUCACCUUGAUAUAGACUUUUGUAUUUCCUUGCCUUGAGCGUUAUUGUAAAUAUACUGGUUUUCACAAGCAAGUUCAGUGUAAAAUAAAGUAGAUUCUGCCUCUGAUAUGAUAAA